UUAAGGUGCUGCAUAGAUGGAUUCUGGUCGGUUCCGUUACUACGUCGUUAGGAGAGGACGAAAGCUAGGCAUUUACACCUCUUGGGAAGAAUGCAAUCAACAAGUCUAUGGCUUCAAGGGGAGUCAAUUAAAAGGCUUCAUGGUAAGGCGCGAGCCGGAGGAGUGGCUGAGUUUGCCAAGACAAGACCCAGUUGGUGAAGAUACUGCCCCGGAGCCUGAAGAUUUGGUGUUAAGCUUUGGAGCUAUGUCCGUCGGAGACUCUGGCAGCGUUACCGGAGACGAGAGCAGCGGAUCUGUGGCCGCCGGGACGGACUUGCUGCCUCAGAAGCCAGAUAUGGUGCCAGAGUUUGACCCCAAGGCGUUCGUCAUAAUGGAAGACAUGGAGCAACUUUUGUUACAGGUUUGUGCUCGACUUGAAGUUGGACCGCUAGUGUUUUUCAUGCGUGAUGUCUUUCGCAGCGAAGGAAAGAAAUAUCAUGGGUUUGGGGUUUCUUUGCAAAGCACCGCGAAGGGGAUAAACUUUUUCGUUUCAGGGCGGUUGUCGACUGAUGAGGGACUGGCAAGGCAGGAUGCCGCCUUCAUCACUUUGGAACGACUCCUUGAAGAGGCGGAGGUGAAAAUUUUUGACUUCAAUUUCCAAGUUGUUCUUCGAUACAAGGAGGACCUUGCUGAGGCACACCGCAUAGCAAGGUUGUCAGCCACAGAGCAUGUAAUGAUGCUGGAGAAAGAGAACGCUGAGCUGAAGCAAAGGUUGAGCCUCUACAAUCAGAUGUUCAUGUAG